CUUGUAUUUUUAGUUUUCUAAGGUUUGUUGCGGAUUCUCUGUUUUGUUAGUUGUUUUUUUUCUUUUUUUGUGUUUAAUAUGUUUGGCAUAUGCUUUUUAAUGUGGUUCCGAAAUGGGUGAAUAUGGUUAAAUAAGGUUUGCUUUUGGAGUUAUGUUUUAGUGGUUUUAGGGUUGGUUUCUGCUUUUGUAGGCUUGUGGACCUGAUAUUGAUGUGGGGUUGGUGGUCAUCACUAAUCUUCGUCCAUUGUGUGCUACUAUUGUAAUCUUCUUGUAUUUUCAGUUUUUCUAAAGUUUGUUGGGGAUUGUUAGGUCUGGAUUGUUGCACGUUUAUUAUUUUGAAAAUCUGGGGUUUUGCACAAAGUUAAUCUAUGUUGAAUUUUGUGUAGUUAUCUCAGUUACUCUAAUCCCAACUUCAACCUUUUUGCGAUUUUCAGUGAAUUUAAGCCUUACAAUGUCCGAACUUAGUUGUAAUUCAACGAAGAACUGUCACUGUAGUGAAAUUGCUCGUUGCUUCACUUCGAAAACAUCUUCAAAUCCUGGUAGGAUAUUCUAUAAGUGUCCUAAACCUAAGGCUGAAAAUUGUGGUUUUUGGGAGUGGAAAGAUAAUUUUCCGGACAAUACUUUGUUGGAAAUAAGUGAUCUGAAAGGUAAAUUGGAAGUGGCUACGGUGAAAAUGGACAAUUUAAGAGAGUCGUUGGAUGCAGUUAAGCUUGAAAGAGACAACUUGAAGAAAAAAGUGUAUGACUUGGAGGCUAUAAAUAACUCUCAACUGAACAAAUCAGGGGAAUUGGAAGAGAAGAUGUUGAAGUUGAAGAUGUUGUUUAUAAUUUCAUUGGCCGUAUUAGUUGGAUUUUUUAUCGCUAAUUUGGGAUGAAUUAUGCUUGGUCUAGUAAUAGAAGUGAAAGACUUGUUUAGGUAGAUGAUCAUGCUUGUUUUGGUAGAUGAGGAUGUUUAGGAGUAGAAGUGUUUGUUUAGGAGUUGAAGUGUUGGUUUGAAAGCUAGUUUGUUGUUGUUAUUGUAUGUGUAAACUUGCUUACUUAGUGUUGCUAAUAUUAUGUGAAUUCACAUUUGUUGGUA